AUGGCGAAUCGCACCGUCUACGAGCAGGCUACUACUGGUUUCGCUGGCGCUACUUCACCCAUCACCCUUCCGAAUAUUGCAAAUGAUAGGUCCUGGCAGAUUCCUUCUUACAUCAUGACGGCCAUUACCAAUUCUUGCCAGUUCCAUGGUCGUGACGACGAGGAUGCUCCCGCUCACAUAAAUCGCAUCACUCGCCUUUGCAGCACCUUCUCCAUUGAGGGUGUUAAUCUAGAGACCAGGUACCUUCAGGUUUUCCCAUUCUCUCUAGCUGGACGCGCAGCCGUCUGGUUCGAUUCUCAGCCCGCAUGCACUUUCACUACUUGGGCUGGUCUUCGCGAUGCUUUCAUAGCCAAAUAUUUCCCACCAGCCAAGGCGUCUCGCCUUCGUGAUCAGAUUCACUCCUUCCGUAUGGAGCCUGAUGAGCCAUACCACUUAGCUUGGGAGCGUUUUCAGACGCUUCUUUCCUGUUGUUCGCAGCAUGGUUUGUCUGAUUGGGCGUUAGUUGAAAAGUUUUACAAUGGUCUUACUCAUGAGAUUAGAGCUCGUUUUGAUACUUCAGCAGGAGGGCAGCUUAUGGGAAAAAAGACGGUGAAUGAGUGUAACGAUUUGUUUGAGAGUUUCGCCCACUCUGAUAUGGAUUACGGCACUAUCAGCAGGACUUCCAUUCCUGUGCGUACCUCCUCGGCCGGUCGACGGGUAAACCAAGUUAGCUUGGAUCCAUCGAUAGCUGCUAUAGUCGAGAGUUUGAGGCAAGAGUUGAGGCAAGAGGUGAGGCAAGAGUUGAAUGAGAUUAAGAAGAAAGUUGAUAGGUGUGAGGUUUGUAGGGGAGGUCACGACACGCUCGAUUGUCCCACUCUUACUCUAGAGCAGGUUGAGUUCAUAGCGGGCCAGUCUAGGGGUCAAUUUAGUAAUAAUAAUAAUAAUAUUUUUAACUCCAGCUGGCAUGGUAGUGGUAGUAGUAGUGGAUAUCGCCCUUUAGGCAAUCCCCCUGGUUUCCCACCUGGUCAGUAUCAAAAUAGGGGGCCGGGUCUUUACAAGAGUAGUGGUUCGGGUCAGAGUGGUCAGUAUAGUGGUUCAGGAGGUCAGUUUGCUAGUGGGGGGUCGAAUCAAGAGAGCCAAGGCAGUGACAAGGUUUUACAGGGAAGUUUGAGCAGGAUGGAGGAGAUGUUCCCUCAGAUGAUGAUGCAGAAUCAGGCGUUCGCUAAAAGUCAGGAGCAGAUUAAUAAAAGUCACGAACUUCAGCUUAAAAAUCAAGAGUCUACUCUUUUAGAUCUUAAGAGAACAGUAGGGGAUAUAGCUAGGCAGUUGAGAGAAUCCUCUUCUGGUCAGUUUUCAGGUACCACGCACCCAACCAACAAUUCUGUGAAAGCAAUCACUACUCGUAGUGGGAAGAGUCUAGGGGAGGUCGUGAGAGAGAAUGUUGAGUUAGAGAGUGAUGGUGAGGUAGAUGAGGAGAUAGAGAUGGAGGCCCCAGGUAAGGUGCAACAUAGGCUAGACCCAGCAAGUACCACACAUACCGAGGAGCCUCAGGUUGAGAGGAGAGUAGAGAAGCAACCAGUUAGGGUUAGGCCACCGCCCGUAUUUGAUCCUUCCCGUCUUCCGUUUCCCGGCCGUUUUAAGCAGCAGCAAUACGCUAGGGAAUACGAGAAAUUUCUUGAAAUGUUCACCCAAUUAAAAGUCAAUCUUCCGUUCAUAGAGGCCCUGAGAUCCAUGCCCAAAUACGCCAAGUUCCUUAAGGAUUUUCUUAAGCGUAAGGAUAGGUUAGGUGAGUGUUCUAAUACUCCAUUGAAUGGAGAUUGUUCUGCGGUGAUCUUAAACAAACUUCCUAAGAAACUCACUGAUCCGGGCAUAUUCACGAUCCCAUGUUUGUUUGGUGGUGAUGUUAAAAACCACGCGUUGGCAGACCUUGGUGCUAGUAUUAAUUUGAUGCCAUAUUCGUUUUACAAAAAACUAGGCCUUGGUGAUUUGAAGCCAACUCGUAUGACCCUCUCGUUAGCCGAUAAGACAGUUAAGUACUCGAGGGGGAUUGUAGAGAAUUUGCUAGUUAAAGUAGAUCAGUUUGUCUUCCCGGCGGAUUUCGUAGUGCUAGAUAUGGAGGCCGAUGAAAACGUGUCGUUGAUUUUAGAGCGCCUGUUCUUGAACACCGCUAAAGCGCUUAUAGAUGUCUUCUUAGGCACAAUCACACUUAGAGCGAGCGACGAAUCGGUAGUUUUCAAGGUGAAUAAUGCGAGAGGGCCGAGUGAGAGAGUCGAGGGGAGAAUGAAAGGGUUGAGAGUGAUGAGAAAAAAGGUGGUGAGUGAGCCAAGUUUAGAGAAGGUGAUAAAACCCAAGUGUGGGGAUCCACCUGAUAGGAGAGUCGAGGAGUUGGAAGAGAGAUUGAUGAGGUUAGAAUCUAAGAUAGAGAUACUGAGCAAGGCUCAGUGUGGGGAUAGGUUUUGA